CGGGCGGCAUCAUGUGAGCGGGGCCGGGGCGGGGAGAGGCGCUCGGUGCCCCGGCGGCGGCGGGGACGAUGGGGACGGCGGUGCUGAGCGGGCUGGUGCUGGCCGUGGCCCUGGCGCUGCCCUCCGUGGCCCUGGAGAACGGGCUGGCGCUCACCCCCCCCAUGGGCUGGCUGGCCUGGGAGAGGUUCCGCUGCAACGUGGACUGCCGGGAGGACCCCCGCAACUGCAUCAGUGAGACACUCUUCUAUGAGAUGGCAGACCGCCUGGCGGAGGAUGGCUGGAGGGACCUGGGCUACAAGUACAUCAACAUCGAUGACUGCUGGUCAGCCAAGCAGCGGGACGCGGCGGGACAGCUGGUUCCCGACCCCGAGAGGUUUCCCAGGGGGAUUAAGGCCCUGGCUGACUACGUCCAUGCCCGCGGCUUGAAGCUGGGCAUUUAUGGUGACCUGGGCAUCCUCACCUGUGGGGGCUACCCGGGCACCACGCUGGACCGCGUGGAGCAGGACGCCCAGACCUUUGCGGAGUGGGGUGUGGACAUGCUGAAGCUGGAUGGGUGCUACUCGUCAGGAGAAGAGCAGGCGAAGGGCUACCCAGAAAUGGCGAGGGCCUUGAAUGCCACAGGCCGCCCCAUCGUCUACUCCUGCAGCUGGCCAGCGUAUCAGGGGGGACUCCCCCCCAAGGUGAACUACACCAUCCUGGCAGAGGUCUGCAACCUGUGGCGUAACUACGACGACAUCCAGGACUCCUGGGACAGCGUGCUUUCCAUCCUGGACUGGUUCUUCGCAAACCAGGAUGUGCUGCAGCCAGUGGCUGGCCCCGGCCACUGGAAUGACCCAGACAUGCUCAUCAUUGGAAACUUUGGCCUUAGCUACGAGCAGUCACGCUCCCAGAUGGCCUUGUGGACGGUGAUGGCAGCUCCGCUCCUCAUGUCGACGGAUCUUCGCACCAUCUCCCCAAGCGCCAAGGAGAUCCUGCAGAACCGCCUGAUGAUCCAGAUCAACCAGGACCCCCUGGGAAUCCAGGGGCACAGGAUUGUUAAGGAGAAAUCCCACAUCGAGGUGUUCCUGCGCCCGCUGUCUCAGGCCGCCAGCGCCCUUGUCUUCUUCAGCCGAAGGACAGAUAUGCCCUUUGUCUACACCACCAGCCUGGCCAAGCUCCACUUCCCUGAGGAUGCCGUGUAUGAGGUACAAGACGUGUACAGCGGGAAGAUCAUCAGUGGCUUAAAGACGGAAGACAGCUUCUCGGUCGUUAUUAACCCCACGGGGGUGGUGAUGUGGUAUCUCUCUCCCAUGGCGCCCCCGGCACAGCCCUGGCACGUUGUCAGACAGCAAGCCCCCGGCGCGGGUUUCCGCCCGGUCCUCCUGUGACGAGGCUCAGCAGAGGAGGGUGUGGGUCAGUGCUGGGGUGAGCUGCGAGACCCUGGGGCACGUGGCUCUUCACUGCACAAGUGCCUUUCGCUGGCGUGCCCAGCGCUGCUGGCGAGUGACCGUUCCCUCUGGUACCCGCUUGAUGAUGUUUACUCAGUCUGCAUAAAGCAGGAAUUCUUGUUACCCGCCUCUGAAGCGUGUGCAGAGCGUGCCUGCAAAGCCCUUUGAGAUCCUCCUGUGGAAGACGCCAUACAAGCAGAGUCCAGCUGCUGCUGGAGUUGGUCAGCGCUGACACCUGUGCACUUCACCUCUUCGAGCUGGCUACCACUGACCGCUGCAGGGGCUCUUUGAACUACGCUUGUAGAAAGGCUUCUGGUGAUUCAGUGUCUUCGAGGGUAGCGACCACCCUCCUGUCCCCUCCCUCCCCCUCCCAUGGGUGAUGGCAUUAGCCUCAAGACCUGGUCACCUUCUGUCCUUUGCUAUAGUCAGCUUGGCUUAGAAUAAGGGACUGUCAAUGGGGCUGCAACCUUUCCCAUGAACCUUCCCUGUGACCAAGGGCUCCUAGAGGCAUGAUGGUCCUGCGCAGAGAGGCUUUGCUUGCAGGCCUGACCCUGCUGCCAGCGUCCUGGAGGCCAGCACUACUCCAGCCUGGCAGGCAUGCUAGCAUCAGAUAUUUAAGUCCCUCUGGUACCAGUUUACAAAACUUCCUUGGCCGUGCCCAACCCCAGCAGCCUUGCUGUGGUACAGCACCAAAAACUGCAGAGUUGUAGCGUGUUGUGCACGAGUGGUGUCGGGAAGAUGACGAUGCUCAGUUGAAGUUGUCUUUUUUGAGCUGGGAGAUGGUCACAGGUGCCUCCGAGCUGCAAGCUGCAUCCUGUUCUUGCUCUAGCAGGAAAUUCCUGCUAAAAGGGGGCUCGGCUCUCCUCCAGUGGGCCGAACACUCAGGGUUUCUCAGGGAAAGGCUCCUCCUUCUCCCAGGGGCACUUACAUCCACAGCUCCACAGAAGGAGUGGCGGAACAGACUCUAGAGGCCUCAGCUGCUUCACCUGCCUACAACACACAUCCUAGGGAGGAGUUUUAGGCAAGACAUGGCCUACCUCAACUGCCCCACAGAGGGGUGCAGCAUUCGUGAAGACUGCAACAUAGGCAGACCAACACAAGAUUAAGCCUCAGAUUGGGGAGAUACUGUAUUUUAAAUUAGGGAAAAAAAAAAAAGGGAAAAAAAAGUCCCUUCCCCUUUCUAUUUAGAUGCUGGAGGGUUCCUGCAGGACCAAAGAGCUGAUUCUGGCCACUUCUAGAAAUUUUCUCUGAGUGCAGUGGCAAGGUACCAAAUAUGAUGCUUGCAGCAGGGAAGCAGGAGUGCGUGUCAUGCCUGUAUACAGGAGCCGGCUUUGUUCUUGGGGAGCGAUUGAGACAAAUUAA